CAAGGUCCUCCAGUCAAUUCACCUGGCACGCUAAACAUCGACAUGCGUUGUAUGAUUUUGUAUAACUCGCAGUAGUGGGUUAUGCUGAGAUGACCAGGCCAAAGCAACAACAACCUGCCCAACCUGGAGACGCUGAACAACAACAUGAUCCAGAGGACAAAACCAAUGCCGAAGAGGAGAACCAUGGUCGUGAGCAGGAUGUAAAUGCCAGUAGGGUUGGCUCGAGGACUGCAACGACAUCAUCGUCGAUUUCAUCUUCUCCUAGUGCAACAUGGCUAGGACAUCAUGCUAGAGCGGACUUGGCGGGACAUGCUGAAGACAGUGAUACGGUCAACGAAGACGAAACAUCAUCUUCUGGUUCUUCAGAGUACGAGACGACUUCGGAAGCUGAGGAAAUGGAGCAGGCUGAUGGGUCCGAAGACGAGAGGAUGGUGGCGUCAUCUGGGGGCCCGACGCCGGUCUUUGCAGGGGGCGAUCUACGAUCUCGACUACAAGCGUUUCUACCGCAACUUCAACGGGCCAAUGCCGAGCUUGAGGCCUCUGAGGACGUACCAGCGCGCAGAAUAGACCACGUCGACGACGACGAAGAACACUACAUCGAGAUGAAUCUGGGUUUGGGUGUGUUGAGUGAGCGAAAGAACAGGGAAGAUGGUGAGAUACGUGUUGAUGGCGAGAAUUCGAGUUCGGACGGUGCGGAGAAUGACGAUGAGGCCGGAGAGGGAAACGAAUGGGGCGAAGAAGAAGAGGGACGGCAAACAGAUGUCCUGGCACGAUUGAGAGGAGAGAAGGCAAGCAGAGGGACGAAGAGGAAGAUUGAGGAUCUUGGGUGAACGCAUGAAUCGUCUAUGAGAUGACCGGGCCAGACCUUUCCGCUAUUGAGACUAGGAAGAGCUGUGGAAACCGAUGAUGUCCCGUCUAUUGAUAAUGAUGGCCAUCAAACUCUGCAGGACCAAGCCAACCUCUCUGCAACAUAACGAACCAUACCGGGAAAAAUGCGCUCGGACAUGGACAACAAGAUAUCGACAAAUAUCUCUUGGGGUGCUUCCAGUAUGGGCCACAACGACAGCCUCCACGUUGGUGGAGAAGGGUCCUUGUCAAAGAACAAGCAGUGGUCAGUGUCCACAGCCUUGACCCCGUACAGACUGUCAGACAAAUGGUCCCCAGAAUUGCAGAGCGUCCAUUCUCAGGUACCGAUUUCUUACCUUUUAAGGACGUAUUGUCACAAAGCGAGUCGUGGAUGACAAGGACUAGAUACAAUCCUCACAAUGGCAAGGACUGGAAUCAAGACAAACACAUAUCGAGAUGGAAGAUGGAUGAGUUGGAAUAUCUGGCCAAUCAGAAGUUGUGAUGUCAUUGUUUAGAUCUAAC